AUGCGUUUAAUCCUUGUCGCCAUCGUUUGCACGUGUCUAAUCGUGUCGACGUACGGAAGACCGAGUAGAGAAAGACGCCAGGCGGAGGAAAAAACAGAGACAGUGACAGAGGCAGCGACAGUGGAAAAGGAAGAGACGGAACAAAAACCAGACAAAGAGAAACAAACUGAUAAAGUCGAAGCAGCACCGGCAGCAUGGCCAGAGACAGAGGCAACACAAGAUGGAGCAGUAGAUAAAGGAAAGAUAAAGGAAGAAGCAGAGGACGAGGCAGAGAAACAGUCUGAGGCAGAGACAGCACCAAAGCCGGAGCCAGAACCAAAUACAGAGAAUGGAGCAGCAUCACCGGCAGCUGAAACGGAAAACAGCAAAACAGGAUCAGAGUCAGCAGUACGGCCACAGCCAACAGCAGAAGCAGUAAAAGAAGCAGCAGAUGCAACACAGGAGAUAGAGGGUGAGAAAGCAAAGAUAGAGGAAGAGGCAGAGAAAGAGGCAAAGGAAGAGGCAGAGGAACAGGCAGGGGGGGAGAGAGCAGAGGCAUUUCAAGAUGCAACAGAGACUGAGGAAGAGGCUACAGAGGAAUUAAAAGAUGCGGCAGAAACGGAGGAACAGACAGUGGAAGAGGCAGAGAAAGAUGCAGCAAAGGCAGAUAAAAAAGCAGAGAAAGAUGCAGCAAAAGCAGAAGCAAAAGAAGAGAAAGAUGGAGCAAAGGCAGAAGCAAAAGCAGAGAAAGAUGGAGCAAAGGCAGAAGCAAAAGAAGAGAAAGAUGGAGCAAAGGCAGAAGCAAAAGCAGAGAAAGAUGGAGCAAAGGCAGAAGCAAAAGAAGAGAAAGAUGGAGCAAAGGCAGAAGCAAAAGCAGAGAAAGAUGGAGCAAAGGCAGAAGCAAAAGAAGAGAAAGAUGGAGCAAAGGCAGAAGCAAAAGCAGAGAAAGAUGGAGCAAAGGCAGAAGCAAAAGAAGAGAAAGAUGGAGCAAAGGCAGAAGCAAAAGCAGAGAAAGAUGGAGCAAAGGCAGAAGCAAAAGAAGAGAAAGAUGGAGCAAAGGCAGAAGCAAAAGCAGAGAAAGAUGCAACAAAGGCAGAAGCAAAAGCAGAGAAAGAUGGAGCAAAGGCAGAAAGGAAAAACAACAGAAAAGGAUAA